UUCAUAGUAGGAGUACAAAAUUGAGAGAUAACAGAAAAGAAAAAUGAUUCAGGGUACACCAACGACAAAACCCUUGAGCUGAAAAACUUGUUAGUUCGAAAUCGCCAUCUCCACUGCCCAAAAUCCCAUUUGAAGCUGUGUAAUUCUGAUAUUUGAUACGUCAUAAACUAAGAAAUAAACUAAGGAGAAGUGUAGUUUAUCCAUUUAUUUGGAAUAAAUGGAUAAAUUAAGGGAAUUCUUCAAGAAAACAAUUUUCUACGCUAGGGUUCUUUCCGGGUACGAAGAGCGCAGAAUCAGAUCUUACAGAUUGCAGCUUCAGAAACGUCUCCAGCAGGCAGAAGUAAGGAAAGCUGCUCUUAAUAAGGUUCCUGAACAAAUUAUUUUGUCAGAGGUGCGGAAGAUGGUUCAGGAAAUGCAGGCUUUGAAUAAGAAGUUAGAGGACACGGAAGCAGCUAUAGAGGAUUACUUCAAGCCGCUUGACAAAGAAGCAGAGGUGAUUAUGAAGGCUCAGCUUGAAGGAGAGGAAAAGACAAUGAGAGAGAUGGUGGCAACCAUGCAAAGACAGGCUCUACUCGAGAAAGCUGAAGCAGAUGCACAAGCGCAAGAACAAGCACUUACACUUUCAAAGAAUUCAAAAGCCGACAAAGAGGAUGAGGAGCUAGAAACAGAAUGCGUUGACAAAAGGGCUGGAAUGCGAUGAAUCCUCAAAACAAUUUUUGCACUUGUUUAAAUUUCAAGGCAUUGCCCCCAUUUUUCAGAGGCUUAGUUAGGUUUGCCCAAUGGAACGUGAGCAGGCGUUGCCGGUGGCAGUACACCAACACAAAAUCAAAUGUACGUUGCCAAAUUUUCUUAGGUAUUCUUUUUUCAAGUUUUGGGAUUCUUACAUAUUUAAUGUAAUAUAAGUAUAAUUUUAUUAUUAUUAUUAUUAUUAUUAAUAUUAUUAUUA